GUAUAUACCUAAAUUAUGGUGUUGGUCACAUUUGUGGGUUAUUAAUCAUCUGUGAUCUAUCUCAUCAAUUGCUAUGGCAAGUCAGGCUUCUUUGCUAGCUUCUGCACUCACAAAAAGAUUGCAAGGAAAAGUUGCACUGAUAACCGGUGGAGCUAGCGGGAUAGGAGAAUGCACGGCAAAACUAUUUUCCAAACACGGCGCUAAAGUAGUCAUUGCUGAUGUGGCUGAUGAUUUAGCUGAUUCCGUCGUGGCCAACAUCGGCCCAUCCCAGUCGACAUUCAUCCACUGCAACGUCACCAAAGAGGACCAUGUCAGAAACGCCGUGGACGGCGCAGUUUCGAAAUACGGAAAGCUAGACAUCAUGUUCAACAACGCCGGCAUUUCCGACCUCCCCAAUGUGGGCAUAGUGGACAUUGCGAAGACAGACUUCGAGCGCGUGCUGAGCGUCAACGUCACGGGUGUUUUCUUAGGAAUGAAGCACGCGGCACGUGUUAUGAUCCCGGCGCGCAAUGGCACCAUUAUUUCAACUUCUAGCAUCGUGUCGCGGCUAGCAGGGGCGGCAACACACGCGUACACGUGCUCCAAGCACGGGGUGGUGGGGCUCACGAGGAACCUCGCCGUGGAGCUCGGGCAAUAUGGGAUCACGGUGAAUUGCAUUUCUCCUCACGUGGUAGCGACGCCAUUGGCGAAGGGAUUCGUGGGACUUGACGACGAGGCUUUGGAGGAAAUGAUGAAAUCCAAGGCAAAUCUUAAGGGUGUUGUUUUGAAGGCUGAUGAUAUUGCCAAUGCGGCCUUGUUUUUGGCGAGCGACGAGGCGAAAUAUGUGAGCGGACAUAACCUGUUCGUCGAUGGAGGCUUUAGUAACUAUAACUCGGCAUUGCAAAUGUACGAGGACAGUCCAUACGGUUGAUGUUGAUCGUGGUAAAAGUUUUCUUUAUUUUGUAAGGGUAAUUCACUUAUUAUGCAUACUUGAUGAACAUUUGGAUUUGUC